AUGACACCACCCAGAAGCAUACAUGAAGUCCACAAACUCAAUGGACGGAUCACCGCUCUAGGACGAUUCAUGUCCUGCUCGGCGAAGCGAUGCCUACCUUUCUUCAAGACAUUGAAGCAGAUCAAGAACUUCACAUGGAUAACAGAAUGUCAGACAGCAUUUGAGGAAUUGAAAAAGUUCCUCUCGUCACCUCCACUCCUGGCAAGACCGGAAAAGGGCGAUAUGUUAUAUUUAUACAUCUCCUGUUCCGACGAAACAAUAGCAGGGGUACUAGUAUCUGAGAAAGAGGGGGAACAGUUCCCGAUCUAUUACAUUAGCAAAGUCCUAAGGGAUGCAGAAUUGAGAUACCCAAAGUUGGAGAAAUUGGCAUUAUGUGUAUACACCGCCACAAUCAAGCUCCGACAUUAUUUUGAGGGGCACCAGGCAGAAACAAGUGGGCGAAUAGCAGAAUGGGCUAUCAAGAUAGGGAGCUUGGGCGUUACUUACGAAGCCCGGAAAGCCUUGAAGGCUCAGGCGCUGGCCGAUUUCUUUGCAGAACUAACCUUCGCGGAACCAAUAGAAGACAAGACGAACCCCUGGGAGAUACAUUUCGAUGGCACGGUCUGUGGAGAAGGAGCAGGGAUAAGCGUCAUGCUCAAAGGGCCGGGGAAGGUCCAAAUAGAAUACUCGGCUAGACUUGAAUAUCCAGUCUCUAACAACGUAGCAGAAUAUGAGGCACUAUUAGCAAGGCUACAAUUAUGUGAAGAACUCAACAUAUCAGAGGCUCGAAUAUACAGCGAAUCACAACUGGUUGUGAACCAGAUACCCAGAGCAAUGAAUGGAAGAGCAGAUGAGUUGGCAAAGUGGGCUGCAACAAAAAAUUACGAGUCAAUAAAGAACAUCCCCCAUGAAAUCAAGCGACAACCUAGUUUCCAAGAGGAAAUUGAAGAGGGAGAAGUACUGAUGAUAGACGGAGAAGAAACCUGGAUGACUCCCAUCACGGCAUAUUUGGCUAAUGGAGUGCUUCCCGAAGAUAGGAAGGAUGCAAGGAAGAUAAAAGGCCCUACUACAGGGCUACUAUUGGCCCAAAAUAAAGGAACAGGCGAUAACACUAGUGAAGGGAUGCUGGCCAUGUCAACAGCACGCUUUGGUGCCGAGAAAACAAGCAUCGAAAAUGAAGCCAAUAGACAGUGCAUGGCCCUUCUCCCAAUGGGGAAUGGAUAUCUUAGGACCGCUCCCUCUGGCCACAGGACAGGGGAAAUUCCUAGUAGUGGCAAUCGACCACUUCACAAAAUGGAUAGAGGCGAAACCCCUGACAAAAAUCACACAACUGAGAAUAAGUUCGGAAUACCAAAAGUGUUGAUAACGGACCACGGGAAGCAGUUUGACUCAGCCAAAUUCAAAAAGUUCUACGCAGAAUAUCAGAUCGACUUAAGAAUCUUACUGGCAGGAUUGAAGAAAAGGCUCGAUGAAUACCAAGGGAGAUGGGUGGAAGAACUCUACAGUGUCCUAUGGAACUACCGUACCACCCCAAGAGAAUCAACAGGCGAAACUCUGUUCGCCCUAGCAUAUGGAACAGAAGCUGUGAUCCCAGUAGAAAUCGGCGCUCCUACACCAAGAACCAAAGACAGUAAACUGUACUUGGAAGAAAACGAAGCAGAACUAAGAAACAACCUAGACCUCUUGGUUGAAAAGAUCAACAAGUCAGAUAUAAGAAUGGAGGCCUACAGGCACAAAAUGGCUAAACACUUCAACAACGGUGUGAAGAAAAGAAUAUUCAAGCUAGGCGACCUCGUCAUGAGAAAGACCGAAGUUAAGAAGGGAGAAGCAGGGAGCAGAAAACUUCAACCCAAUUAG